AUGCCUUUCAAGUUCAUUCACAAUGGAUUGUUCAUGCAGAAAACGCUGGGAACAAGUUUGCGCCUGGGCGCUCCCGCACUGCUGAUGGAUGGUGCACUGGCCGCCGCCGCCGCCGCCGCCACCGUGUUGCCCUCCUCGUUCAGCAGCACCGCCAAACCGAGCAUCAUUCAACGAUCCACCGAGCUGACACGACGAGGAUCGAAUUACCAGCGUCUACGAAAGCGGCACGAAGAGCAUCAGCAGUUUUUGAAUAUUUUCGUCGAUGAACUAAGGUCUUGCGGCAUCGAAACACGCACUGUUCAGCGAUUUGAUUAUAACGAUGCGGCAGUUUCCUGGGCUGAUGCAGUUUUCUCGGCCGGCGGCGAUGGCACAUUUCUUCUCGCAGCAUCGAAAAUACUAUCGCCGGAUAAGCCUGUAAUUGGUAUCAACACCGAUCCAAUAGGCUCUGAAGGACAUUUGUGCCUACUAAAAAAACUAUCACAUGAAUAUAUCAAAGAUGCGCUGAAACGAUUACUGGACGGUGACUUCAGGUAA